AACAUUUCCACAGCUUCCGGGUUAUGCUGCAUUUAGGUGUCAUCAACGGAAUAGGAAGGGCAACCAUUACGCUUUAAUUCGAAUUAAGUCGUGUUCAGUUUAUUCCAUGGUGGUUUGCCAGAGUGCUAAUAUUCACAGUUGAUCACUAACCUUAAUGGGCAUAUUUUGUUGGGUCACCCAUUUCAAGGAGUUAGUUGCCGAAUGAAACUUAACCACACAAACACAUUAUGUAUACCACUAAUUAAAUAAACAAAUGUAAUUGGAAUGAAAAUUGGAUUUUAUUCCGAUGUUCCGAACAGCCACAAUCUUGCUGGCAUGCCUAAAGUUCUUUUCACUAAGUGGGAGACGUCGUCCUUGCUAGAAAUCAACCACUCGAUGGAAACUCGCGAUGGCGUCGCUAUUUAAACGAUGCAACCUGAACGCGACACGGAGUGUCGUCGAGUGUGGCUAACGAUUAGCUUCCGUCAACUUCAAGCUUCUUGCUCGCGGGAAGCCGUAGAUAUAUUACUGAUUGCAGCUGAAAUAAGAUUUCUGGCCACGGCUAUCCGGCGCCACUCUGUCCCCCCUUUCCCUCCAGAAUGGCUUCGUUUGGCUGGAAGAGAAAAGCUGGAGAGAAGGUGUCCAAGUCCGUGGUGCAGCAGUUCGAGGCGGAGGCUGAGAAACCUGAAGAUGGUGGAGGAGGUCCGGAUGAGGAUGUGGACUGGCUGCACGCCAUCAAACGACGGCGGGAAGUCAUGCUGGAUGACUGCGCUUCAAAGAGCAAGAGGCUGAAAGAUGAGGGUGCUCUGCUGGCGGAGCAAGGCAGGCACUGGGAGGCCAUUAAGAAGUGGGACGAAGCCAUUCAGCUAACUCCAGACAACCCACUACUAUAUGAGAUGAAGUCUCAGGUCCUGACCAUCCUGCAGGAAGUGUUUCCAGCUGUGAAGGCAGCGGAGAUGGCUGUGAAGUUCCGGCCAUUGUGGUGGGAAGGCUGGCAGACCCUGGGCCGGGCACAGCUCAACCUGGGCGAGGUGGACCUGGCUGUGAGGUCCUUCCAGGUUGCGAUCCACCUGUGCCCGUCAGAGCUCACCCUGUGGCAGGAAGACCUGAACUGGGCUCUCACUUUAAAGAAGCAGAACGCGGCGACCCGGGAGAAGAUCCGACAAGAGGAGGAGACGAAAAACAGCAUCCUCAAUGCCCCCGAGCUCGACCGGGACUACGAUUUUGAGUCGGAUGAGGUGCUGGCUGCCUGUGUGGCGGUCGCCGAGCGGCAGACUCGCUACGAGGAGCUGAAGAGGACGGCCGUGGUCGUAGACGCCGAGGGGAAUAUUAACAAUGUGCUGACCGGGGAAGAGGGAUCAUCAGAGGACAGAGCAGCACCGUCAGAGCUACAGUUCGUCAAAGCGAGAGGACUUUGAACUGAUGGAACUGAUUGCUCUUAGUCCACUUUCAUCCCUUUAAUGUUAACUGUGGUAAGUCUGCGAGGUUUUAUGUGUGCCGCUGACUUAUAACCAAAGCUGGAGCUCAAUGUGCUUCCAGACCGUCAAGAAAACAGCCAGAGAGUCACAUUUCUCUCAACAACAAGCAGCUGCUCACAUCUAAUAAGGAUGUGUCCAGAUGCUAAUAUCAACUAUAAACUCUAUCAUCUUCUAGUUUAGUUUCAACCUAAUGUGGACAGUUAAUUUAACAGUUUUGCAUCAGGGUGUCUCUUAGAAAAGCACUUUUAUUCAACACAUUCGAAUCUACUUUCUCAUACUUCAACACAAAGUGACAUUCACUUGUUGAUUGCACCUCCUCAUGUGUGGGUGCGAAAAUAAAACGUGUUAGCUGGAAUCUUCAUAAAUAGCGCGUGUGUAAAUUCAAGGAAAUGUGAUCUGUGAGGAUCCGUGAGGUGAACGAAGGUUUGCGAAAUCUUUCUCAACGAGAACGUGCACGCUCAGCAUAUUGUCAGCGAGUGAAUAAACAUGAAUCAAAAUCUGGGAUCGUACUCUGUGUUCCCUGACGUGUUCUUUGCUUGAACACUUCGCCUUGACUGUUUUUGUUUUUCUGUUUUCUGAAGUCAAGCGGCGUUAAAGAAUUCCCCUGACACAUGGCAGAUGUCACAAUGACUUUCAGGUACAGACUGUACCUGGGGACAAAGGUGCUUUGCAGUAGAGGAGUCUGUAUGCUAACAUGUGAAUGCUAACAUGGUGACAUAUACUCCAGCUGAUGGAGGCUUCCAGGUUUUUAGGUGUCUUUAUUAAAUGCAUGUGGCGCUACAAGUAAAGCAAACGA